AUGCAAUUUGUGCUCAUAGGAUUUUCUGACUUUCCCAACCUCCAAGGGUUUCUACAUGCAGUGUUUUCUGUAGUUUAUAUAAUUAUCCUGGUUGGAAAUUUCCUCAUAAUACUAACAACCAGUAUGGACCCUGCAUUACAGAAACCCAUGUAUUUUUUCCUGGCAAACUUUUCCUCUCUGGAAAUCUGUUAUGUAUCAGUUACUGUCCCAAGGAUUCUGUUCAACCUUGAGAAACAGGACAGAAGCAUUUCACUGAUGUCCUGUGCCACACAGCUGUGCUUCUUCCUUAUUUUUGGAACUACUGAAUGUUUGCUGCUGACUGUGAUGUCGUAUGACCGCUAUGUGGCCAUCUGCAACCCUCUGCAAUAUCCACUGGUCAUGAACCCAAAAAGGUGCACACAGAUGGUGGCAGUCUCCUGGCUGGGAGGUAUCCCAGUCCAGAUAGGACAAACUUAUCAGAUAUUCUCUAUACCUUUUUGUUAUUCGAAUCAAAUAGACCAUUUCUUUUGUGACAUACCACCAAUUCUCAAGCUGGCAGGUGGAGACACUUCUGUACACGAACUGUCUGUUUAUUUGGUUGUUUCCAUGGUAGUUGCUUUCCUCUUCAUAUUGGUGCUUACAUCCUACAGCAAAAUCAUUGCCACCAUCCUGGGCUUGCCAACAACCAAAGGGCGGGCAAAAGCCUUCUCCACAUGUUCUUCGCACCUGCUGGUGGUGGUGUUGUUUUAUGGAUCUGCUACAGUUACCUAUUUGAGACCAAAGUCCAGGCAUUCUCCUGGAACUGACAAAGUGUUCUCUCUGUUCUAUGCAAUUGUGAUUUCUAUGUUAAAUCCGCUAAUAUACAGCCUUAGAAACAAGGAAGUGACUGCUGCUAUGAGAAAGUUAAUAUUCCAAAUUAGGGACUUGUGUAGGCAUAGAAGUUUAUUAUUUUUCUAA